GCUGAGAGGCAGGCGGGGGAGGCUGCUUCGCGGCUGGCUACAAUGGUUACAGCCCUGGAGAGGCAGCGUUAGGGACGCGCGCGCAGGCACACCGACACAACAAGCGCGCACGCACUCCGGGAGCAGCCGCUUCGGCUGGUGUCGGCAGGAGGAGGAGGAGGAGGAGGAGGGCGCAGGCAGGCGCCGAAGAAAGAUCCCAAGCCCGCAUAGCCUUGCCCGCUCGCUCGGGCUCUGGAAACCGCCGCUAACUUGCAGGGAAACUUUGCGCCCUGAGCUGCGUCCUCUUUCGCCAAACAAACAAGCCGGAAGGGGGUUGGGGGGAGAGAGAUGGGGGGCUCGGGCCGGUCAAAAUAGCAGCCCGGGAGGAGAUGCUGCCGACGCCGAAGCCCCGAUCCAUCGGCUCCCCCUCUCCGGGCUCCUUUGCAGCUUCCAGUUAGCGCCAUCGUCGGGGAGGAGAGAGGGCUCCCCAUCCCGUGCCCAGCGCUCCAGGAUCGAGGUGUUGCGGUGUUGUUUUUUAACUCAACGCGGCCGAUAACAUGCAUGUGUCACUAGCUGAAGCCCUGGAGGUUCGGGGAGGACCACUGCAUGAAGAAGAAAUAUGGGCUGUAUUGAAUCAAAGCGCGGAAAGCCUUCAGGAGUUGUUCCGGAAAGCUGAUCCCACUGCUUUGGGAUUCAUCAUUUCCCCGUGGUCUCUCUUGCUUCUUCCAUCCGGCAGUGUAUCCUUCACAGAUGAAAAUGUUUCCAGCCAAGACCUGCGAGCAUUCACGGCACCAGAAGUCCUCCAGAAUCAAUCGCUGUCAUCUCUUUCUGAUGUCGAAAAGAUCCACAUCUAUUCUCUCGGAAUGACACUUUAUUGGGGAGCUGACUAUGAUGUCCCGCAAAGCCAGCCCAUUAAACUUGGGGAUCACUUGAACAGCAUACUGCUUAGCAUGUGCGAAGACCUUGUUUACGCCCGUGUCUCUGUGCGGACGGUUCUGGACGCUUGCAGUGCUCACAUCCGGAACAGCAGCUGUGCCCCUUCCUUCUCAUAUGUGAAACAGUUGGUGAAACUGGUUCUGGGGAGUUUGUCUGGGGUGGAUCAACUUCCCUACACUGGGGACAGAAAGGUGCAGACUGACAGGAGCCAGGCCAUCCGGGAGAGGCUGAGAGGGAAAGGACUUCCCACAGGAAGAAGCUUAGUGGCUGAUGGCCCAGAGGUCCUCCCGGCUCCGUUCUUUGAACAGACCAUGCUUAGCAAAAGGCUUAGUAAGUCCAUGGGGUUCUUGUCUCUCAGAGGUCUUCAAGGCGAGGAAGACUUUGGCCAGGGCGUUUCCUCCGAUUACAAUUCUGGCCGUGAAGAUGACAUGGAUGCCGGCUGCCCUUACCGGUGUAGAGCUAGCGACUUAGAAAGGAAAGGAGAUGCUGGCCCCAAGCGGAAAGUCUGGUCUUCCUCCUCAGAUCUGCUCUGCUCAGCUGACAAAGUGGCCCAGAAAGACCAUGCUGGGGAUUCCCACAAACACUAUCAUCAUGCAGGGACAAUCCCAGUACGGACUUCGGCAGCUACGAAAAACAAGGAGGGCAGAUACUCUGACGGGAGCAUAGCCCUCGAUAUAUUUGGCCCUCAAAAACUAGAUCAGGGGCGUUAUGUGCCAGAGACGUCGACAUCAGCAGCCUUAUCAAGUGCCUUUGACAGGAUCAAAGAGAGGCAGAAGAAGUUGCAGUUGCUGAGAGGAGCCAUGAAUGUUGAAGAGCAUGUGCAGAGAUACAAAUCGUACCACAGUGACAUAUACAGCACGGAAAGUGAGACCCCAUCGUACAUUUCUUCAGAGGCAGAUUUCAGGCAAGUGAGGAGGUUUGAAGCAUUGAGAGAUGACUCCAGUGGCCCGUCCCCAGGAGCAGAUGAUCUUUCUUCAUCAGGUCGAAUACAUGGACAAAGGCUGAGACAGUACGAAGCGCCACUUGAAGGCAACCUGGUGAGCCAAGAAGUAAUGCUAAAGCGCCAAGAGGAGGAGAUGAUGCAGCUGCAGGCGAAAAUGGCCCUCCGUCAGUCUCGACUAAGUCUCUACCCUGGAGAAGUGGUGAGGUCGCCGGUGCUUGACAUGACAAGGGACCCCCUGAGAGAAAUUGCAUUGGAAACAGCCAUGACCCAAAGGAAACUAAGGAAUUUCUUUGGUCCUGAGUUUGUGAAAACUACUGUUGAUCCAUUCACCUCCUUGGACCUGCCAAAGUCAAUCUUGAACAAGAAAGGGAAGAAUGAAGACAAUCGCCGGAAAGUAAAUGUCAUGCUUUUAAGUGGGCAGAGGCUGGAGCUGACUUGCGACACCAAGACAGUAUGCAAAGACGUGUUUGAUAUGGUAGUGGCCCAUAUUGGCUUAGUGGAGCAUCAUUUGUUUGGCUUAGCCACUUUAAAAGAAAAUGAGUUUUUCUUCAUCGACCCCGAGUUGAAACUGACUAAAAUAGCUCCUGAAGGCUGGAAAGAAGAACCAAAGAAAAAGAGCAAGAACGCAAUCAACUUCACUUUGUUCUUCCGCAUUAAGUUCUUUGUGGAUGAUAUUAGCUUGAUACAGCAUACUUUGACGUGCCAUCAGUAUUACCUGCAGUUAAGGAAAGAUAUCCUGGAGGAGAAGAUGCACUGUGAUGAGGAGACAGCCUUGCUGCUGGCCUCUUUGGCCCUCCAGGCAGAAUAUGGAGAUUACCAGGCUGAAGUGCACGGCCUCUCCUAUUUCAGAACGGAACACUAUUUACCAGCUAGAGUGCUGGAAAAUCUGGACCUGUCUAAUGUGAAAGAAGAAUUGCCAAAACUGCAUAGCAACUACGCAGGUGCUUCUGAAAAAGAGGCAGAACUUGAAUUUCUGAAGAUUUGCCAAAGGCUGACAGAAUACGGCGUUCAUUUCCACCGUGUGUUGCCAGAGAAAAAAUCUCAGACUGGGAUUUUGCUGGGAGUUUGCCCCAAAGGAGUUCUCAUUUUUGAGGUCCACAAUGGAGCCCGCACACCUGUCCUCCGCUUCCCGUGGAGAGAAACAAAAAAAAUAUCCUUCAGUAAGAGGAAGAUAACUCUGCAGAACACAUCUGAUGGUAUAAAACAUGCCUUCCAAACUGACACCAGCAAGACCUGCCAGUACUUGCUGCAGCUUUGCUCUUCGCAGCAUAAAUUCCAGCUCCAGAUGAGAGCCAGGCAAAGUAACCAAGAUGCUCAGGAAAUAGAGAGAGCAUCAUUUAGGAGCCUCAACCUCCACACGGAUUCUGUCAAAGGGUUCAACAUGGGGCGUGCCAUCUCCACCGGCAGCCUGGCCAGCAGCACACUGAACAGGCUCGCGGUCCGGCCGUUGUCGGUGCAAGCAGAUAUUCUCAAGAAGCUCUCCUACUCCGAACUCUCCCUCUUCCAGUCUGCCCAGAGCUGUUCCAGGGACAAAAACGAGAAGCUGCCCUGGGAGGAAAGGCCCAGAAUCAUGAGCAAAUCCUUUCACGACCUGACCCAGAGCCAGGUGUCUGUCAGCCCACUUCGGAAAAACGUUAUCACCCCUGUGGACGCCUCUUCGCGGAGAAUGGAGGAAAUGAUGGGGAAGAUCUUCCAGCAGGUGCCAAAAUCUGAUGCCGAAUUAGCGACUGGAGGAGCAAAGCUCAACAAUUCACACUCUCAUGCAGGUUUAACUUCCAGCCUAGAGAGAAGGAAAAAUGAAUCUGAUUCUUCAUCCGCUGAAGACACUGGCCAAGCCUAUGUUGUAGACGUUCUACAAACAAAGCAGAACCCACUGUUGCUUCCAGAAAGGGAGAUCAGCUUGGUAAACUUGAAAAAAGAUGAGAAGUAUGGCUUAGGGUUUCAGAUCACUGGUGGGGAGAAAACUGGAAAGCUUGACCUUGGGAUUUUCAUUCAUUCGAUAACUCCUGGAGGACCAGCAGAUUUGCAGGGAUCGCUAAAACCAGGGGACCGCUUGAUAUCAGUGAACAGUGUGAGCUUGGAAGGGGUCCACCAUCACACAGCACUGGAAAUUAUUGAGCAUGCUCCAGAAGAAGUGACCCUUGUCAUCUCGCAGCCUAAGGAGGGGCAUACGAAAGCACCAUCAAAUCUCCUCAGUGGCACAAAGGGGUAUUUUAAAAGGCCGCCACUGACACCAGACAAUGAGGCAGAGUCGUCUUCAGAGGAACACAACCGGCCGCUGAGCCAGCAGAGGCCUACCUCUGGGAGCUUAUCUGGCCUUGGCUCGGGUAAACGGGACGGAAGCCUCAGCUCCCAAGACUCCAGGACCGAGAGCGCCAGCCUGUCCCAGAGCCAAACAAAUGGUGGUUUCGGUAACCAUAUCGGCGACAAGCCGCAGCCGGAAUACCAGAAUUGCAUCGAUUCCCAGCUUGCCCUUUCCAAAUUCAGCGAAAGAAGCGGAGCAUCUUCGGAGGCAAACACAGCAAAGGCCAAAAAGGCUGGGACGGCGGAGACCGUGGAGUAUUCUGACCGAGGAGAUUCUGACAUGGAUGAAGCCACUUACUCCAGCAGCCAGGAACCAGCAACAGCAGCCGCCAAAAAGGAGCCUUACUUCAUGAAUUUGGCCAACUCAAUGAAUUCUAAAAAGUUUUCUUCACCGCCUCUUAAACCUGGAGAUAUCUUUGAGGUCGAACUGGCCAAAAAUGAUAACGGCUUGGGAAUAAGUGUCACGGUACUGUUUGACAAGGGUGGUGUGAACACCAACGUGAGGCAUGGAGGCUUGUAUGUAAAAGCUGUCAUUCCUAAGGGAGCAGCUGAAGCUGAUGGUAGAAUUCAAAAAGGUGACCGUGUGCUUUCUGUCAACGGGGUUACUUUGGAAGGAGCUACCCAUAAACAAGCUGUGGAAAUCCUGAGGAAUACCGGCCAGGAGGUUCGCCUGGUGUUGGAAAAGGGCCAGCCUCCAGCCGCCAGAGUCCAUGCUCCAGUUACGCCACAGUGCACACCUCCAAACCAGCCCAAUCACAGUGGGGCCCCAGAGAGACCUGUGAAGAAAAUGACGCAUGCCAGAGACUACAGCUUUGUCACUGACGACAACAUGUUUGAGGUGAAGCUGGUGAAAAACAGCUCGGGCCUAGGCUUCAGUUUCUGUCGAGAGGACAGCGUCUCUCCAGAGCAGCCAGGUUCCAGCAUAGUCAGGGUUAAAAAGCUCUUCCCAGGGCAACCAGCUGCAGAAAGCGGCCAGAUCGAGGUUGGGGACGUCAUCCUGAAAGUGAACGGAGCGUCUCUAAAAGGACUGUCCCAGCAGGAGGUUAUUUCAGCUCUUAGGGGAACAUCUCCCGAAGUCACCCUUCUCCUCUGCAGGCCACUUCCUGGGAUACUGCCCGAAAUUGACCCUUCCCUGCUGACUCCAAUCCAUUCCCCUCAGCAGAUUUUCCCUGAUGUCAGCAAAGGCAACCUUCAGCAACCUAACGGGGAGCAAGACGACAGCUCUGACGAAAACGAAGCCACGGAGAAGGGCAGGAAGCGGAUCAAGUCCCCCUCUCGAAGGGACAGCUACAGCGACAGCAGCGGGAGUGGAGGGGAGGAGCUUCCUGCGAAUGCGGCCCACAUAGCGAGCACAAAAUGGAGCUCCGCCCUGUACCAAAACCCCAACAAAUCAUCAGCUGAGGCAUCUAGUCCUUAUGAAACGCCCUGCAGCCAAGAGGAAACUAUUCGCACCAUAUAUUGUGCUCCUCAUGAGACACCAGGGAAACCAGAAACUGAAAACAGUAACCCACCGUCUCUUCUCCCAAUGGAUUUGCCACCAAUAUCAAGAUGUCGAACCUUCACAUCUGGUUCAGCAGACGAGAAAUACAGCUGCUCCGUCUCUGAGCUCGUGGCAGCGCCAGGAGGCCUUGCGUCGCUUUUGAGCCAGCUUGAAAAACACGCCGAUGAAUAUGAACCAGAGGUGGAGCUCCACGUUGUCCUGACUAAAUCAGAGAAGGGUAGCCUUGGUUUCACUGUGACCAAAGGCAAUGAUAACGUUGGCUGUUACAUCCAUGAUGUCGUUCAAGACCCUGCCAAAAGUGAUGGGAGGUUACAACCCGGAGAUCGACUGAUCAAGGUUAAUGAUACAGAUGUCACUAACAUGAGCCACACAGAUGCUGUCAGUUUCCUCCGAGCUGCUCCAAAGACAGUCAGGCUGGUGCUUGGGCGUGUUUUGGAGUCGCCCAAGUUUCCCAUGCUGCCACAUCUACUGCCUGACAUUAACUUGACAUGCCAUAAAGAAGAACUGGGCAUCUCCCUUGCAGGUGGUCACGACAGCCUUUAUCAAGUGUUAUACAUUAGCGAUAUCGCUCCAAAAUCUGCCGCAGCCGUAGAAGGGACUCUUCGUGUCUUGGAUGUCAUCCAUUACAUUAAUGGGAUCAGCACCCAGGGCAUGACUUUGAAAGAGGCAAAGAGGACGCUGGAGAUGUCGCUUCCAACAGUGGUGUUGAAAGCAACAAGGGAUGGCCAUCCGGUGUUUCCAAAGUCCAAAGGCCCCGAUAACUCAAGUCCAAGGUCAAUAAAGCAUAAUGGUCAUUUACUUGGAGAACCCUAUGGCAAAGCAGAAAUAGGACCUGAGGCAUAUGCACCGAAAGUUAAUGGUGAAAUGAACAACAGCCACUAUCCAAAAGGGCCAGGGAAUGUCACCGUAUCUAAAGACGUUAGUAGUCAGGCCUCUGAUUUUUCCAGCUACAGUAACAACUCAGCAGAGGUGCAAGACGAUGAUUCUUACGAUGUGGACGAUCACAACGAAGUCAUUCAGUACCUUUUAGAUGUCGUAGAUGAAGAAGCCCAGAACCUGCUAAACCGUAGUAACGCCGCAUCUGGGAACCACCUGUCAGUAGAGGCAAAUGGGAAACUUGCAGAAGAGAAAUCAGAAGACACAGACUGUGAUGGGUCAUCGUUGCCUGACGAUUUCCCAGAGCCACCCCAAAUAAAUGGCUGUGAAGAGUAUUGUAAUAACAAAAGGAUUUCUGAAAGAUUACCCCAGCGACCUCUGGCGGGUCAGGGAGACGACGAUGAGAUUACCUGGGGAAGUGACGAGUUACCGAUUGAAUCAAUAAACCAGCAGCAGUCUGUUAAAGAUUGCCCUUUAGUCACCGACGAAGAGCUUGCCGCACUUCCGAUCGUCCAAGUCCUUCCUUCGGGCAAAUAUACAGGGUCCAAAUUGAAGUCAACUAUCCGGAUGCUGCGAGGCCUAUUGGAACAAGGCAUCCCUUCAAAGGAGAUUGAGAAUCUUCAAGACCUAAAGCCUUUGGAUCAGUGUUUGGUGGGCCAAACAAAGGAAAACAGGAAGAAGAAUAGAUAUAAGAACAUACUGCCUUACGACACCACAAGGGUACCCCUGGGGGCCGAAGGUGGCUACAUCAAUGCCAGUUUUAUCCGGAUGCUGGUGGGGAGUAAGGAAUAUGUUUAUAUUGCUUGCCAAGGACCCCUCCCCACCACAGUGCCGGACUUCUGGCAAAUGGCUUGGGAGCAGAACUGCACUCUCGUCGCCAUGAUGACCCAGGAAGUAGAAGGAGAAAAGGUCAAAUGUCAAAGGUACUGGCCCGACGUCCUUGGAAAAACCACGAUGAUCAGCGAUAAGCUCCGUCUCGCUCUGGUGAGGCUGCAGCAGCUUAAAGGCUUUGUCAUUCGAGUUAUGGAGCUAGAGGAUAUUCAGACUGGCGAACUCCGGCGUAUUUUCCACCUAAACUUUACUGCCUGGCCAGAUCAUGACACACCGUCUCAGCCAGAUGAUUUGCUCACCUUCAUAUCCUACAUGAGGCACAUCCACAAAUCAGGGCCGAUUAUCACUCAUUGCAGUGCAGGCAUUGGACGAUCAGGGACGCUUAUUUGCAUAGACGUGGUGUUGGGACUGAUCAGCCAGGAUCUUGAGUUUGACAUCUCUGACGUGGUGCGCACAAUGCGCUUGCAGAGGCACGGCAUGGUGCAAACGGAGGACCAGUACGUUUUCUGCUAUCAAGUUAUCCUGUACGUCCUAAAACGGCUCCAAGCGGAAGAAAAGCCAAGAAGCAACUAAGCUGUUACAAGUCGAAUAUGCAUUUAAGGGGGGAAAUAAGGUUCUUGAAUAAUUUGGGCAUAUCUACACUACAGAGUUAAAACAAGUUAAAUCUCUGUGUGAGGGCUCCCUAGGGGAACAGUAGUUUGGUGACAGACUUGAGACUGGGAUACUCAGCGCCCUCAUCAAACUACAAGUCCCAAUAAUUCUUUGGGGGGAAGCCAUGGCAGUUAAAUUGGUGUGAAACCAGUACGUGUGUGCGUGUGUGUGAAUGUAGUGUAGCUGUGCCCUAGGUGAGCUCUGCCAAUAGGAUUCCAGUUCCAAUCUCUAUCGAGUACCACUAUAACCCCCUCUUUUUUCAACAGGUUGGGGGGGCUUUGUGCGCCAUAUAUAUUUAAUAACACUGCAAUUUUUUUGCAGCUUUUUCAAACUAUGAUAAGCAAUUGACACAUUUUUUAAAAAGGAAAAAAACAACCCUGCUUCCUAUUUUUAAAGAAGUAUUACGUUUUCGCUCCCUCCCAACUAUUUUAUAGUAUAUUUCUGAUGCAAGGGAUGGGCGGUUGGGAAAUGAAAACAGUAUUUUAUCCUGGUGGUCUUUCUUACUGGUAAUUUUUUAUUAGUCUGUUUUUAAGCGUUUUGUUUAUAGCAGAGCAGUCUUUUCCCCCAGCAUUUUUAAUACAGUAGAGCUUUUUAUAGAAAAUACUUGAAAUCAGUAUUUAAGCUUUACAGAACAACUUAACUAGCAUAAGGAAAAAUAGCAAACGUUUACUGUAUUACACAAUGUUUACUUUAUAUAGAGUCUUGUGUAUAUAUUUAUAUACUUUUACAAAAAAAAGUUCAAUUAUCAGAUGUCUAAGCUUAUAACUGCUGGGACGUCUCCACAGUGUAAAUAAAACACUUUUAAAAGAGA